CGCGCCGAUCUCAGUUGGUCGGAACGCUGGGCCAGUCCGGACGGUGGGAUAUCCGAGACGGACACCGUUAAUUUGACUUUUUGAACAUGUACUUGUUUGCAUGCAAUGCAUGGACACUCAGGAUAGAGAUGAGUGGGAACAGACUACGUUUUAUCGUGGAUCGUUUAUUGUAUCUCGGCGUAAACGUUUCGUUGGAAUAAACUGCUGAUGUUUGUGCUAAGUACAGAAUGCCCACCAGCGGCGGUGAGAGAAUUAAAGCCAGCGCGUUUAUUCCAGUGUCCACCGCAGUCAUCCUCCUUGUCGGGUCCACGACUUUAUUUUUUGUCUUUACGUGCCCGUGGUUGGCAGUGACGGUGUCAAUCUACGUGCCACCAUGCAGUGCCAUCCUCUUCUUCUUCGUCUUGGCCAACUUCACCAUGGCAACCUUUAUGGACGCAGGCGUUCUUCCUAUGGCUAAUGAGGACGAGGACAAGGACGAUGACUUCCACGCCCCCCUUUACAAGAACGUUGAGGUGAAAGGCGUCCAGGUCCGGAUGAAAUGGUGUGCCUCCUGUCACUUCUACAGGCCUCCGCGUUGCUCCCACUGCAGCGUGUGUGACCACUGCGUCCAGGACUUUGACCAUCACUGUCCCUGGGUGAACAACUGCAUUGGGAGACGAAACUACCGCUACUUCUUCCUGUUCCUGCUGUCACUCACGCUGCACAUGGUGGGCGUGUUCCUCGGUGGCCUGCUCUACAUCCUUCACCACACGGAAGACCUGUGGAAGCUGCACUGUACAGUCACAUUGGUGGUCAUGAGUGUAUCUGCUCUGUUCUUCAUUCCUGUUCUGGGCCUUACAGGCUUCCACUUCUAUCUGGUGUUCAGGGGCAGAACCACCAACGAACAGGUUACAGGGAAGUUUCAAGGAGGAGUCAACCCUUUCACUCGAGGUUGCUGUGGCAACCUGGAGUAUCUCAUAUGCAGUCCCAUCUCUCCAAAGUAUACAGAGAGACUCAUUAAGAAAUCGACAGUUCGCGUAAUGCCUCCUUUUCUGAGACCAGAGACUGACAGACAGAUACCUACUCUUAAGGUUGGGGAUAAUGGUCUCAACCGUCAUGAUGUUCAGAAUAAACGCCCGUCAACUGAUGCAGUCGAUGAGCCAGACAUCAAACAUGUGAACAGUCCCCCACCGUUGCCUCCGAAACCAGACCCCAACCUCCUAAAGAGCCAACUAGCAGCCAAAGAGGAGAGAGGUCCUCAUCAUAAACCAGCAAUCCCUCUUCCUGGACCAAACCUGCAGCAGAUCAAAGCGUUACCACAGUCCCCCUCUGCCAAGGCUCCACCCCCAUCCCCUGUCCAACAGGUGUCUGUUGUUCCGGACCAGCAGGGGAGAAGCAACAGUAAAGGUCACAGCGUGUCACCGGAACACAUCCUGGCCAGGGUGGACAAGCAGCUCGCCAUCCCACCGGGUCCCACGUCCACUCCACUCCAGCUCAACUCUCUCACCCUCAACUCCCGCUCCCUCACCCUCAAACACGCCUAUCGCCAUGGCAACAAGCCCCCUGCCUUGCAUCCCGAGGGCCCAACCUCCCGCCAGUUGUCUCCGGGUGUCUUCCCCCUCCACGACCCCCUGUCCAGCCGCUGCAGCCUCUCCUAUGACAGCCUGGUGAACUCCGCUGACCCCCACUACCCGGCCCAGCGGGGGGCGCCCCCGCUCCACUACCACCCCCGCUUCAUGACCCUGGGCCCCGACAGCAGUGUGCUCCAGAGGCCCCCUCCGCACGCCUACAGCCCUGUGUUUAUGGGGGCCACCAGACACUCUCCCCAGCCAAGGGACACCUCACUCAGGGACCCCGCUCUACGCGACCUCACCCCUCAUGCCCUCACCUCCAGGGACCUCACCCCUCAUGCCCUCACCUCCAGGGACCUCACCCCUCAUGCCCUCACCUCCAGGGACCUCACCCCUCAUGCCCUCACCUCCAGGGACCUCACCCCUCAUGCCCUCACCUCCAGGGACCUCACCCCUCAUGCCCUCACCUCCAGGGACCUCACCCCGCAGGCCUUGAUCCACAUGGAGGCUUCUCCGGUGCGCUACGACAACCUCUCCAAGACCAUCAUGGCCUCCAUCCAGGAGCGGAGGGAGAUGGAGGAGAGGGACAAUGUGCUGCGGAUGCAGGCCCGGAACCAGGGCCUGUACAGCUGCCCGGACAUGGGGGUCUAUGACAUCCCCAGCCGACGCAGCCUGCCCACAGACAGCAUGCGCCUCCCGGGGUCCCGAGGACCCACCCCUCCCGCGUACGGCUCCAGGGAGUUCAUGAUGAGCACUGGCAUUUUGGGGUACGGGGGUACAAGGUCGCCCCUCUCCAGCGCGUCGUCGUCUUCUCUGAGUCGAGCCCCCAGGACGUCCAGCUCCCCCCCCCAAAGCAGCAGCAGCCUGCAGAGUAAGGCUCGCUCCCCCUCCCCAGCCUACCUCCCCCCGGACAGACACGCCUCGCCCUCCUCUUCCUCCUCCACCCUACCCCGCACGUCCUCUUCGUCCUCCGCCACUGCCCAGUACGUCCACCCAAAACGCCCCUCGCUCACCUACCCGGGCAAGGAAGGGAAGGACUCGGCCCCACUGGGCGCGGCGAAAUAGGAGCCCGUGCGUCUCCCGUCAGGGUCCACCGUUGGCGGCCAGCCACAGCGAUCUGCACUGUUCACCCGUGCGUCCACGACUUCCCAGCGCUGUGUGGUAGUCAGGAGGAAAUCAAUGUGCUGUUAUGGGAAUCAUUUUGGACAGAUAUAUCCACUCGGCCCUCUUGCUAGAUUAGCGUGUUUGUUCGAUUAAGAGCGUUAAAACCAACACCAUACACAGAUAUCUCAGGACAGUGGCCAAUUACCAGACGAUUGUGCCUCCAUCUGUAGUCAGAGAUAUUAAUAAGCUCAACAAGAACAGAGAAAAUGUACAGCAAAGAGAUCUUUUAUUGUUGUUUUAUGUGUUUUGAUAAUGCUUUUGAGAAAUAACGUGAUCAUAACGAGAAACUAUACUGCGUCUGUAGAAAUUAUGCUUUAGUUAAUAUUUUGUAGUUGUUUUGACAAAUAAAAAAAAGUGUUGCUCCUUU